CCAUGUGUGUGUGUGUGUGGGCGGAUCUGUAACGUGUGCACAAUCACAAACAUCUCCAUAACCUAAUGGUUGCAGCAGACAGAGGCGCAGAAAGGCAGUGUGAUCAGUGUGGACAAGUGCGUGUGGACAUCUCGUGGAGUUUAGUGUCCAGGAGCGAGGCAAAGCUAUGGCGAGCGACAUCGUGUUGCUAUUGAAGGGUCUGGCCAAGUUAAGCCAAGCGGUGCUCGAGACGCAGAAGAGCGUCGUGGGUACUGGAGGAGGGGUGGUUCAGAGCAUGCAGAUGACAGCAGAGCAGGCCAUGGGUGUGGCCAUGCAGAAAAUACAGGAAUUCACAGGCCAGCAGCAUAGCGUGACCGACUUCAGCACAGGAAUGGAUGAUGAGUCUACUUUCCCCAGUGAGGAAGAUUUCAAGGUUGAUGGUGUGAUGCAGACAGAGCGAUCUGAUAACGCAUCCACAGAAGGGACCGGGAAGUCGUACCACUCGGGAGUCAAAUCAAACAUCUUUAGUGGCUAUAAGGAUCCCACAAAGCAGUUCACAGGGACUCGCUUGUAUCACCAAGAUCACUCGUCUGUAGGUGGACUCACGGCUGAAGACAUCAACAAAGCCAGGGAGGCCAAACGGAGCAUCAGCAAACCCCACAAACAAAUGCUGAGCGAAAGAGCAAGAGAGCAAAAGGUUCCUGUGACACGGCUGGGAAGACUGGCAAAUUUCGGAGGCCUCGCAGUGGGACUUGGCAUAGGAGCUUUGGCUGAGGUGGCCAAGAAAAGUCUGCGCACAGAAGAAAAGAACGGAGACAAAAAGGCUGUUUUAGACUCCAGCCCGUUCCUGUCCGAGGCAAACGCCGAGCGCAUCGUCAGGACGCUGUGUAAAGUGCGUGGAGCGGCCCUCAAGCUGGGGCAGAUGCUCAGCAUUCAGGACGACGCGUUCAUCAAUCCUCACCUGGCGAAGAUCUUCGAGCGAGUCCGGCAGAGCGCAGACUUCAUGCCCAUCAAGCAGAUGACGAAAGCUCUAAAUAAUGACCUGGGCCCAAACUGGAGGGACAAACUGGAGAUGUUCGAGGAGAGACCGUUUGCCGCUGCCUCCAUCGGCCAAGUGCACCUGGCCAGGAUGAAGGAUGGUCGAGAGGUAGCUAUGAAGAUCCAGUACCCCGGCGUCGCGCAGAGCAUCAACAGUGACGUGAACAACCUGAUGACGGUCCUGAGCAUGAGCAACGCCCUUCCUGAAGGUCUGUUUCCAGAGCACUUGAUAGAUGUGAUGCGGCGAGAGCUGGCCCUGGAGUGUGAUUAUAUCCGGGAGGCUGAGUGUGCUCGCAAAUUCAAAGAGCUCUUGAAAGACCAUCCCUUCUUCUACGUUCCUGCCGUGAUUGACGAACUGUGCAGCCGGCACGUUCUCACCACCGAGAUGGUCCAAGGUUUCCCACUGGAUCAGGCUGAGGGACUCUCACAGGAGCUCAAAAAUGAGAUUUGUAUGAACAUUCUGAUUCUGUGCUUGAGAGAGCUGUUUGAAUUUCAGUACAUGCAAACCGACCCCAACUGGUCCAACUUCCUGUAUGACCCACAAACCCACAAGGUUGCAUUGUUGGACUUCGGUGCAACUCGAGGCUUUGAUGAAAGUUUCACAGACAUUUAUAGUGAGAUCAUUAAAGCAGCUGCUGAAGGGGACAGAGAAGGAGUCCUCAGACACUCAAUAGACAUGAAGUUUCUCACCGGAUUUGAGUCAAAGGCUAUGAAGAAAGCCCACGUGGACGCGGUCAUGAUCCUGGGCGAAGCGUUCGCCUCGGACGAGCUGUUCGAUUUUGGGGCUCAAAGCACCACGGAGCGCAUCCACAGCCUGAUCCCGGUCAUGCUGAGGCAGCGGCUGACGCCUCCACCCGAGGAGACCUACUCGCUGCACCGGAAAAUGGGAGGCUCUUUCCUUAUCUGCUCGCGUCUAAACGCCAAGCUGAGCUGCAAAGACAUAUUCCAGAAGGCUUACAGCGACUACUGGAGCAAGCGCAAGAAAGCGACCAUCCAUGCAGAGUAACCUCGUGUGGAUGAUCAGGGAGGCAUGAGGCUUACAGAUUCGCGUCUGUCUGUCUGUCUGUCUGUCUGUCUGCCUGCCUGCCUGCCUGUCAGUCUGUCUGUCUGUCUGUCUGUCUAUCUAGCUAUCUGCUGUUUUAGGAAGUGUGGCGUUAUCCAUGACCAUGAUCACGUCCCCUUUGCCCCACAUAGUCAUUCAGGUGGACGUUGCAGAGGUGUGUAACUAAGAGCGAUAUUACUAUAUGGCCGACCAUAAGAUUCCUAUGUGCUUUUUUUUUUUCCACAUUUAGUGCCUUCUUAACCUUAUAAUGAGCUCCACUCUUCUUGGAAAACCACUAGAUUUUGUAGAGAUUUAUGACGUUUUGUUUAACCACAAGGGGGCAUUAGUGAGAUCUUUCAUUCUGUGUUUAAUAGAGUAUUAGAAGUUUUGAUCUUCCACUCUCAAAGCAUAUCUUCAUCGAGAUGGCUUUACCUACAGAGAACGUGUUUUCUGGUCUCCCAGUCCAAGUGAAGAUCGAAUUCAAUGCCUGUUCGGGGACGCAUAUGGCUGAAAAAAGUCUCGAUAGUUUUGUCCAUAUAUUGUUGUAGAAAGAUGAAGCCAGAACCAGGCUACGGUUUUAGAGAAAACUAUGCACUACUUAUAACCAUCAACGAUCCCGGACGCUACGACGUCUUUCGCGCGUGAAGAUUUGGCCAGUAUUUGAAUGUAAAUCAUAAAUAUAUAUAUAUAUUUUUUGUACACAUUUUACCAACAUAUGAAUCCACAAGGCUGAUGAACUUAUUAAAGGAUAAAAAGUGAUGCGAUUUUUUUUAGAUGAUUAUUUGAUGAAAAUGAUUUUGGUGCGAAGCCAAAAACUUUCAAAGCGAUCUGUUUUUAAUAUUUUUUUUCCAACAACAUUAAUGACAAAAAAUAUAUAUAAAAGUGUGAGUCACUUGUGUUGUAUUUUAUUGCCAUGGACACACACACACACACACACACCUUUCUGGAGGCCAAUCAUCCGCCUCUUCAUCGACACAGCUGUAAUAAAUAAUAAAUACUUUAGUUUUUUUAUAAAAUGUAUAAAUUAGAUAAUUGAUUUGAAUCCAAUCAUCAAUAAGAAAAAACGUAAUUUAUGUACAAAAGAUGACCAAAUACAUGCUUCUCCAAAAGUAUUGGAACAGCAAGCAGAUCAUUACAAGGUUUCGACGCUAUAAAGAUCGGUACAAUUUAAAAAUAAAAUAGAAAAGAACAACUCCAAACAGGACAUCAUCCGUUUUUUUUCCAGUGAUGAGAAAUAUUGGAUCACGUGAUACUUGUAACCAGGUUGAUUAAUUAAAUUAAUUAAUAGUUCUGAAUAUCACCUCUAAUGUUGGGCAAUUAUAUAUUGUGCCACAAGAUGGCAGUAUCUGAUGUUCAGACACCUCUCAUUUAAAGCAAUUAGCUAUUAAUUGCCAUCUCGAGAAACACUAAUAUUAAUUAUAAUAAUAAUAAUAAUUAACAUGUUAAAACAUAAGCUUAUAAAUAAAAACCUACAAUAUGCAAUAUCCCAUCUCACCACAAGAUAGCAGCACAAACAUGUUUAUGGCGGCUGUUGAAAUUAGGGAUGGCCUGAUGGUGGCGCUGUAGCCCAGGACGGUAUGUGUUUUUCAAGUUCAUUUGCAAAAGAUGCCAUUGCAGGAAUUGUGUCCUCUUUUGAGCAGAAGGAAGGUUUAUUAAGAACAUGGCUGCCCAUUACUAAUGAGUUCUAAUGGUGCAAAACUUAUCUACAUGCAAAUCUGUGAAGAGGGUUUGUUUUUUUGGGUUGAUCAAAAACUUCAAAAUCAGCGAACCAAUCAGAUUGCAGCAAGUAUUUGAUUGAAAGGCCAAUCGGACUGGAGCAAGCCUUUCAAUGCAUUUCAUCACAUAUUUGUAAUAUAUACAUUUAUGACAAAUAAACGACCUUGCACCAUGACCUUGGUCCACAAUAAGCUUUCUCAAAAUCCAACUUCCAGAAUACAACAAGGCCCACAAACAUGGGAGAUGACUACAAAUCCCAGCACAUCACUUCAUCAAAGUAAUUUUUUCCAUAUAAAAUAGACUCUAUGGAGUUUUUUAGCCAUAUGAGGUUCUUCCCCAAACCUGAAGGCACACAAUUGUAUAAGACACCAGGUCCAUGAAGAUCUGCUUUCCUUGGGUGGAAGUUGAAGCUCAUACUCUAUUGAACACCUUUUGUCUAUAUAGUAACACCCGAGUUAAUUGACGAUAAUUGAUGACUAGUAUUAAAAUAAUUAAUUAAUUAAAAUUUGAUUUUACCUUAGAAUAGAUUUGAAUUAUUACUUACGAUUGAAACCAUUUCUAAAAGGCAGCAUCGAGCACACACAGCUUUUCACAGUUGCAUUUAUUUGAAAACACGAUCCAGAUUUUUUUUUUUUAAUUAUCAUUAUUAUUAUUUUUUAUCAUUUAUUGUCCAAAAAAAAAUCAUGUAUGAUAAUGUAUUUUUUUUUCCACUGACAUCACAAAGUUUACCCAGUUAUGUAUAUCAUGUACGUCUUUCUCUCUCGUUACAAUGAUUUAUGCUUUAUGAUACCUCGGGGUUUUAAACAUAUUAAUACACUCAACAAUGAAUACCAGGUACUAUUGACAAAAAAAAAAAAAAAAAAAAAGAAAAA